CAGGAAGUAUGUCAUCCAAAUGACUGACAAUAACUUCCGGAGUGCACCAUGCGUUCCAAACACCAGAAGUGAUGUGACAGCAGAGAGCACAAGCAACCAAAGAAUCCAGGGAUGAAAAACGGUGUGCCAGGCCAGGAUACGGAAAUGGAUUGCCAGCAUCACCUUCUCCUCUCAUAAUGAGGCAGAAUGUGUAGGAUGUGACUUUCCUGGGCAAAAAAAUUGAGAUUUAAUAAAAAGCCACAGCGGACUCUUCCUCCUCACUGCUGUCACCAACAUCCUCUGUGUCUCCCACAUAGAGCGGGAAAGCAGCGCUGACGCCCCAGAUCUGGUAUUUCGCAGUCAGUAAAAGAAGAUGCGUCACCUCGCUUCCCUGUCGGCGUGUCCUGCUCUCUGGCGUUCUCUGCCUUGUCCGUCUUCUGAACUCAGGCUGGAUUUUGUGCUUCCAGGUGGCCAAUCUUUUCGGUGGAGGGAGAGCAGUCCGGGUUUCUAUACCGGCGUGGUACAUGAGCGUGUGUGGACCCUGACACAGAAGGAUGACCGCCUCUGGUACGCCGUGUACCCCAACACAGAGGAGCAAGAGGGGAAAUCCAAUAAGGAAACGCAGAAGAAAGCCACAAAGAGAAAGCUGCAGAAGACAACCUCCGAGGCCAUCAACACUGAAGACAUAAAACAAGAAAAAGACGAUGACUGGACAAAUGUUCCUAUUCAUAUUGACUCCAAAGACUGCAAGAAAGAUGGGGAAACGCUGGAGGAUUAUUUCCAGCUGCACCUCCGUCUCCAGGAUCUCUAUAAGCAGUGGGGAGAAUCCGACACCAACUUUCAGAAAAUAGCCAGAGAGUUUUCAGGGAUUCGCAUCCUGCGCCAGGAUCCCGUAGAAUGUCUCUUCUCAUUCAUCUGUACUUCCAACAACCACAUCUCGCGUAUCACAGGAAUGAUCGAGCGCGUUUGCAGCACUCUGGGAAGACGCCUGUGCCGACUCGAUUCUGUGGAUUAUUACUCCUUCCCCAGUCUCCAGGCAUUGGCAGCUAAUGACACAGAGAUCAAGUUACGUAACCUGGGCUUUGGGUACAGAGCAAAGUUUGUCAGCCAGAGCGCAAGGACCAUCUUGCAUAAGCACGGCCUGGACUGGUUGGAGGGCCUUCGCCAUGUUCCCUAUGAAGAGGCAAAGAAGGCGCUAUGCGAUUUGCCCGGAGUUGGAGCCAAAAUUGCUGACUGUGUUUGCCUGAUGGCGCUGGACAAACCUGAAGCCGUACCUGUGGACACCCACGUUUGGCAAAUCGCCAAGAGAGACUAUCUGCCUCAGCUCGGCCAGGGGAACAAAAGCAUCACCGAGCGAGUUUACAGAGAGAUUGGAGAUUAUUUUCGGAACUUGUGGGGUCCAUAUGCCGGAUGGGCGCAGGGCGUCUUAUUCUGUUCUGACCUCAAGAAAUUCCAGAGUCCCGACAAACCCCCGAAAGCCAAGACGAAGGCAAAAACCAAAUUAAAGAAAGAAAACUCGAUGGCUUGAAAAAUGUAAAUACUUUUUGUAGCAAAUUCAUAAAGAAUUAAACAUUUCCUUUUCUA